GUACUGUACGGACUAUGAUUUUAUACGGUAUCAGAGACCUCAGGGUCCUUUUCUUCUCUUUUCUAACGGCGUCAAUGGCAGCUUCCUCAUCUUCUUCUUCCUAUUCCUACUCUAGUCGCAACUCCAAAUCACUUCCGGCCGAUUAAUCUCUCAACUCCAGUUGCACCUCCAUUUACUCAAACUCAUCAUCUUCGUCCGCCUGAUUUCAUCAACACCAGCCCACAACAAAAUCAAUUUCCUUUGUCCAAUCAAUAUCCAUACCAGUACCACUAUCCAUAUCUCCCAUUUUACCCACAAACUUUCUUCCCUUCAGCCCCAUCACAACCGCACCAAAAUUCCUUUCCUAAUCCCCCGAUUUCAUCACAACUGCACCAAAAUACCAGUACAAAUCCAGCGCCCGAUAUUUUCCACUCCCAACCCAAUCCCUCAUGUUCAUCCUCAGCCAGCCCCGAUGCAGUUUCCGCCUCCGACACCAAAUUUCUUAGCCCAGCCUCCAAAUCCGUUUUCGGCAAAUCCCUUUCCCACUCUGCCACAACCUCUAAAUGUUAAACUUAAUGACAACAAUUUUCUUCUCUGGAAAAACCAGCUACUCAAUGCUGUUAUUGCCAAUGGCCUUCGGGGAUAUCUUGAUGGAACGAUAAUGCCUCCGCCACAAUUUUUGGAUCACCAUCAGCUUCAACCAAAUCCUGCCUAUUAUGCUUGGGAAAGGUACAAUCGCCUUUUAAUGUGUUGGAUUUAUUCUUCUCUAUCUGAAGAGAAAAUGGGUGAAGUUGUAUCUCUUGAAACAACGCAUGACAUUUGGUCUUCUCUAACUAGAGUUUAUGAUUCUAAGACCACAGCUAGAAUUAUGGGCUUAAAAACAGAGUUACAAAAUCUGAGGAAAGAUGGAUCAUCUGUUAGUCAAUAUCUAGCUAAGAUUAAAGAGAUUGCUGAUAAAUUUGCUGCUGUUGGUGAACCUCUUUCCUAUCGUGAUCAUUUAGCUCAUGUCCUAGAUGGUCUAGGGAGUGAAUACAAUGCCUUUGUUACAUCUAUUCAUAAUAGGGCUGAUUCCCCUUCUUUAGAAGAUGUUCGCAGUCUUCUUUUAGCCUAUGAAGCACGUUUGGACAAACAGAACACGGUCGACCAGCUUAAUAUUGCUCAGGCCAACCUUGUCAAUCUUUCCCUUCAACACAACAGUAAGCGCCCUCCUCCAAAGUUCUCAUUCCCCAACCAUUACAAACACUCUUUUCCUAAUUCCCCUAUUUCCGCUGCUCAAUCUCAAAGCAUACUCGGUAAGCCACAAAGUGUUCACAAAUGGCCUCCCAAGCCCUCUAGUUCCAAAAUACAAUGUCAAAUUUGUGGUAAACUUGGUCAUUCUGCUGCUGUGUGUUAUCAUAGAACCAAUAUUGCUUAUCACAAUGCUUCCCCUCAAGCUCUUUAUCAUCAUGUUCAACCUUCACCCACCCAUCCAUCUUCUGGGCAUGAAUUUCAACACCCUGAUGAAAGCUGGUUUAUGGAUUCCGGUGCCACUCACCAUAUGACUCCGGACUCCUCCAUUCUUUGCAAUCCAACCCCUUAUAGUGGUGGUGAACAAGUCACAGUUGGAAAUGGAUCUUCGGUCCAAGAUGGUUCUUCUUCAGGGAUCGCUUGAGGAUGGAUUAUAUCGUCUCUCUCCUGGUAUACAACGCUCUGUUUCCUCUCCACGUUCCUCACCCACUGCUGUUUUUUUGUCAUCUGUUCAUUCUGCCCCAACUUGGCAUGUGAGGUUAGGUCACCCUGCUGCUUCCACUCUCAAGCAAAUUUUGUCUCUUUGUCAUAUUUCUCCUUCCAAGGAUCAUGUUCCUGAUUUUUGUAAUUCAUGUCAGUUAGCUAAGAGUCAUCGUUUACCUUUUAACUUGUCCACUACAAAAACUACUGAACCCUUUCAAUUGGUUCAUUCUGAUGUAUGGGGACCUUCCCCUCAAAUUUCUGUUAAUGGAGCUCGGUAUUUUCUUUUA